UUCUUGGCUGACCUCGCAUCAGAACUGCAAGAGUGGCAGAAGCAGCAGCAACUCAGGAGGAAUCUGACACCGAAACAACUGCUUCACCGAACAGAAAAGCAUUUCAAGUCUAAUCUUGGGAUCAAAAGAAGUCUUGAAGUCAUGAUUGCUUCACAGUUUCUCUCUGCUCUCACUUUCGUGCUUCUCCUGUUUAAGGAAAGUGGAGCCUGGUCUUACAACGCCUCCACGGAACCCAUGACGUUUGAUGAGGCCAGUGCUUAUUGCCAGCAAAGGUACACACAUCUGGUUGCAAUUCAAAACCAGGAAGAGAUUAAACACCUGAACUCCACAUUCAGCUAUUCACCAAGUUAUUACUGGAUCGGAAUCAGGAAGGUCAACGAUACCUGGACCUGGAUAGGGACCCAGAAGCCUUUGACUGAAGAGGCCACAAACUGGGCUCCAGGUGAACCAAACAAUAAGCAAAGCAACGAGGAUUGUGUAGAGAUCUACAUCAAGAGAGAAAAGGACUCGGGCAAGUGGAACGAUGAGAGAUGCAGCAAAAAGAAGCUAGCCUUGUGCUACACAGCUGCCUGUACCCCGACAUCCUGCAGCGGCCACGGUGACUGUAGAGAGACCGUCAACAGCCACACUUGUCAGUGCCACCCCGGCUUCACGGGACUCAAGUGUGAGCAAGUUGUGACCUGUCAGGCACAGGAAGCCCCUGAGCAUGGAAGCCUGGUUUGCAACGACCCUUUGGGGAAAUUCAGCUACAAUUCUUCCUGCUCUGUCAGCUGUGGGGAGGGCUAUCUCCCAAGCAGCCCGGAGGCCACACAGUGCACUUCCUCCGGAGAAUGGAGUGUUCCUCUUCCAGCCUGCAAUGUGGCUAAGUGUGAUGCUUUGAGAAGUCCUGUCAAUGGAGUUGUGAAAUGUUUCCAAAGCCACGGAAGCUUCCUGUGGAACACCACCUGUGAAUUUGAGUGUAAUGAAGGAUAUAAACUCACUGGACCCCAGCACCUGCAGUGUAUCUCCUCUGGGAUAUGGGACAACAAGAAACCAACAUGUAAAGCUGUGACGUGUGAUGCCGUCAGCCAUCCUCAGAAUGGCGCUGUGAGCUGUAGCCACUCCCCUGCUGGAGAGUUCACCUAUAAGUCAUCCUGCCACUUCACCUGUGCAGAAGGCUUCGUGUUGCAGGGGCCAGCCCAGGUUGAAUGCACUACCCAGGGGCAAUGGACACAGCAGGUCCCAGUUUGUGAAGCUGUGAAAUGUGAUGCUAUCCCUCAGCCCAGAAGUGGUUCAGUGAACUGUACCCAUUCCCCCACUGGAGAGUUUACCUACAAGUCCUCCUGUGCCGUCAGCUGUGAGGAAGGCUUUGAAUUACGUGGAUCGGCUCAACUUGAGUGCACAUCUCAGGGACAGUGGACACAGGAGGUCCCCUCCUGCCAAGCGGUACAGUGUUCAAGUUUGGAGGUUCCCGGAAAGAUCGACAUAAACUGCAGUGGGGAGCCUGUGUUUGGCACCAAGUGUACAUUUUCAUGUCCUGAAGGAUGGACGCUCAAUGGCUCUGCGGCUCUGACAUGUGGUGCCACAGGACACUGGUCUGGGAUGCUGCCUACUUGUGAAGCUCCUUCUAAGUCCCAAACUCCCUUGGCAGUUGGACUUUCUGCUGCUGGGGUCUCCCUCAUGACAUUAGCAUCAUUUCUCCUCUGGCUUCUGAAACGCCUUCAGAAGAAAGCAAAAAAAUUUGUUCCUGCCAGCAGCUGCCAAAGCCUUCAAUCAGACGGAUCCUACCAAACGAUUUCCGAGUUAACUUAAGUCCAAAGGAAUCAGGAGCACAGGUACAUUAGGGAACUAGAACGAUACCCUGAAGACGGCAGAGACAGAGAGGUCUGCUUGGGUCUCUGGCCCUACUCACCUACUACACACGCUGGCUGCCUUUAUAGCUGGGACUAUGGUACCUACAAGGACUUCAACGGACUAAAAUCCAGUGGGCAAGUCCAGCCUGCCACCAAAAAGACUCAGUUUUCUCCUUUCCAGUGCUGGCUACUGGAAGGAAAGAAUAUUCGCUCCCAUGCAAGAGUGAAGAGACUAAGGCUCUGGAAUCUCAGAAUUCCUUUUCUAACUCACCCUUCACUCACUGGAAAAUCUUGUGGUGCAACCCACUAUUUUGUGGCGCUGUUUCUUUCUUUUGUCCCUCACAGUGUUUCAACUGCUGCUUAUGUAGUUGCUGUCAUUGGGAUGAAUAAUACGUGUCAAGAGUUUAGAGGAAACAAAUUGGUCAAAGAUAUUCUAUUAACAGACCUGGAAAAAAAAAUGACAAAUUUUUAAUGCCAUGGGGUGACGACAUGGGAAAGGUUGUUAAUGGUGGAAAUUCUAUUUAGCACUCUGUGGGAGUGCAAACACUGUCUCAAUCACUUUUAUCCCUGUGGGAUUCAGUGCUUUUUAAAGUGUUUUUUAGAGGCUGUGUGUUCUUUUUACUUGCAUUGACUAUAGUAUAAAGUCCAUAAGUCUUAAUUCAGUACAAGUGUGGUAGGGACUUUAAAAUAUGUAAAUAUUAGGACGAUAUUAAUUCAGUACAAGUGUGGUAGGGACUUUAAAAUAUGUAAAUAUUAGUCCUAUAAUAAUUAGGACUAUAAAUAUUAGGACUAUAAUAAAAGUUGCUUAUCCCAGAUCUUUAUUAACAAAUUCUAAAGUUUCAUCUGUAGUAAAUGUAUUUCAAAAAGGGCAACUACUGUGCCCUAGCAACGCAUAAACCAGUAUAAAGUUCUGAAUGUUUGACUACAGUUUCUUUAAAAACCAUGAGUAGUCUCAGGAGAGCAAAAUCCGCAUGGCAACACACUUGUACACUGUCAGGUAUUUUUUCAUAGCUAUAUGGUUUCUAUGAUGAAAAACUUCCAGGAGGUUAAAUGUUCUGAUCUGAUAAAAGCAUAAAUGCAAACAAACAAAGGUACAGUUUUAUGAAUGUCUUUCUUAAAAAAAAACAUAUAGAUAUAUAAAUGUGUUUUGCAUUACUACAAAGAUGUUUGUCAGAUGUGAUGUGUCAACAUACAAUUCUUGUAUAUUACAUAAGAUUUUAAAUCCAUGCUAGAAACAUACCAUGUAGUGGAUCUGUCCAGUGGAUUUUUUUUAAAGUCAAGAUGUCUAAUAAAUAUUCCCUAAUUGUCUUAUUCUGUCCGUUCGUGUGUUCUUAAAGAGAGGAAAGCCUGAAUGAGCAAGUAUUUGUAUUUAUUUAUAAGAGAGUUUAAAAUUCCUAAGGAAUCCCUAGUCAUUGGUUGAUCACUGGCCAUAAGAGAUACUGGGCCAGUAAUUGGCAAAGCUGCCCCAACCUUGCAGGAUAGUAUAAGAAUCCAAACUCUCCCACCCUUUCAUAACUUAGGAUGUGUUGAAAAAGCAAAAUUUCAGAGAAGUGCUGGCUGCACACUGGCAAAGACAAAACCAAAAGGAAACAGAGAGAUAUGAUAAGGAUCAGAACAGCAGAGGUUAUUAAGGGAUAAAAGAACUCUGGGAAAUAAAGGAGAGAGAGAGAGAAAAAAAAACAAGUAUUAUGAGCAGGCUACAUAUGGAAUGAAUUACUGUUUUCUUUGAAAUUGUUCAAAUGUUGUAAAUGUUUGUAUAUACUGCAUUGGAAAUAGCUGUGUGAAAUAUAAAUGUGGUCUGUGUUUGGGUUUUAUAAAGUAUUUAAAAUUAUGAUUUAAAAUGUUUUAAGUAUGUAUUUAUUUAAGCUUAUGUCAUACCUAUUGUAUUUGACAUGGCAUUAUGAAGUUUUAUAAUAAACAUGUUUAUAUUUA